AUGAUGAGACGUCACUCAACUGGAGGCACUGGUGGUGGAAAAGAUAUUGACGUUGUGGACAAGGAAAAACCUAUUCACAUUCGCGUGGCGGAGCAAAGGGACUCACAGAUAUUUACCUUUCAAGAAUAUGUGGAAAGAGAGGAGGAGGCGGAACGGAGAAAACUUAGUGAGCGGUUAUCUGAGGUGCGGGACAGCCCCGCGUGGAUGCUGUGGGGUUUGUUGUUCCUUUCUCUGGGAGUUAUAACAGUUGUCAUAUCUAUUCGUGUGCGGCGUGAGCAAAUGCGGUUCGACCCAAAGUUACGUGCGGUUAAGGCUUUUGACAGCCCCGAAGGACCAAGCAUUGGCGGGCCCUUCUCAUUAAUUGGCGUCGAUGGGCGCCGCUACACUGAAAAGGACUUUCUUGGAAAGUGGCUCUACAUUUACUUUGGUUUCACCAACUGCCCUGAUGUGUGCCCGGAGGAGAUGGCAAAGCUCAGCCGUGUCGUUCAACACCUUGACAAGAAGGUGGGUCGUGACUACUGGCAGCCCAUAUUUAUUUCCCUCGAUCCGCACCGUGACACACCUGAGAAAAUACGGGAUUAUCUAGCAGAUUUUAACCCACGGAUUCUGGGGCUUGUGGGCACUCAGGAAGAAGUGGAAUCAGUGGCGCGUCAGUACCGCGUUUACUUUGCUCUCCCUGAUGAGACAGUACUGAGCGAGGAUGACUAUCUUGUGGACCACUCCAUCAUCAUGUACCUGAUGAACCCUGAAGGAAAGUUCUGUGACUAUACAACAAAGGAGUUUCAAUGGUUUGAAAGCUACAGUAAACUACUGCGCCGGAUGAUGGAUUAUGAGAGGGAUAAGGUUAUCCAACGACGAGAGGCAGGCGCGUCUGAUGAUAACGGCCAAGCAGCAAUAAAUAUAAAGGUAGCAAAUGUCGCCACAAUGUUAGAUGAAAAUGUCGCCUCCGUCCAGAAACCCAGUGAAAUCUAA